AUGGAUUCAGAUGAGUGGGGCAUGAUGACAUUAAAGGAAAAGGUUUAUGAAGUGGGAUAUAAGAAGGAAGACAACAUUAGGUUGUUUAAUUUGAGUGAUAAUGGUUUAGUAGAAUUGCUUACAGAUGAGGAUGCUUGUGUAUUAGCAAACUAUGUUGUUAGACCAAAGGUAGUAGAGAUAUGGGUUGUCUUAAGGGUGGUUGGAAAUGAUGAAACAAAUGGUGGUGAAGCUGAAAUCAGUGCAGAUGAGAGUGAGGGUGGUUCUGAUUGGCUGCAGGGGGAUUCUGCAGGUGAGUAUGAGAAUGAGGAAACUGGAGUAGAUGACUUAGAGUUUCUGAAGUAUAUUGAUCCAAAUGUUGAGUAUGGAGGUGAUGAGGAUGGUGGUUGUGAUAGAGUUGAAGAAAAUACUGAAACAUUGGAUCCAAAGUAUAUCAAUGCUGAGAUCCAUUUCUCUGGCAGUGAAGGGGAAGAAACUGAGGGAAAUGUGAGGUCUGUGGGAUAUGUUAGGGAAUCUGGUGAGGGAAAUGGGAGGGAAUGUGUACCUCCUAGGCCAGUUUUGCCAUCUCCACUGUGGCUUGGGAAAACAUUUCUUACCAAAGGAGAUUUUAGAGAAGCUGUGAAAACAUAUGGGUUACAAUUUGGUAAGGAGUUAAAAUUUGUGAAGAAUGACAAGGUUAGGUGUAUUGCCAAGUGUGUGCAAGAGGGCUGUAAUUGGAGGGUUAACUGUAGAAGAGAUCCAGAUGAACAAUGUUGGAGAAUUAUUGUUUUAGUUGAUGAGCACAAUGAUUGUGCAUGGGUACAUGAAAACAGAUUGGUAACUGCCUCACUAAUUGCAAAAAGAUGGAGAAAUCAGAUUGAUGGGAAUAGUGAAUGGAAAACUAGUGAAUUUAGAAAGAAAGUAUGCACUGAGGAUCACCAUGACUUAACUGUUAGGCAAGCAUACAAUGCAAUGUGUUUGGCUAAGAAGGCAAUCAAGGGUGAACUAGAAGACAACUUCAACAAAAUUUGGAAUUAUGAGUUGGAGAUAAAAAAAACAAAUCCAAACACAAGGUUUCUUACCAAGUUAUUUGAUUUAAGAUAUGAGGGUGGCAAGCACAGAUUGCUUAGAGUUUAUAUCUGCUGGGAGGCUUGUAGAGAGGGUUUUAAGCAUUGUAGGCCACUAGUAGGUGUGGAUGGAUGUCACCUUCGAGGCAAAGCAGGAGGGAUGAUGCUUACUGCCAUUGGUGUAGAUGCUAAUGAUAGCAUAUUUCCAAUUGCAUAUGCCAUAGUAGAAGGGGAAAAUAAAGACUCCUGGUGUUGGUUCUUGAAAUUAUUAAAAACAGAUAUUGGGCUAAAUAACCUUAGGCAACAAAAUUACACCUUCAUGUCUGACAAACAAAAAGGCCUUAUCCCAGCAUUUGAAGAAGUUUUACCCCUAGUGAAUCAUAGAUACUGUGUAAGACACUUGCAUGGCAAUAUGCAAGUAGCUGGAUUUGGGGGAUUACCACUAAAAAAUGCACUUUGGAAAGCAGCUAGGGCUACAACUAUCAGCACAUUUAAAGAUGCAAUGAGAGAGUUAAGGGAUCUAGAUAGCACAGCAUUUCAAUGGUUGAAUGAUAAACACCCAAGUGAGUGGUCCAAAUCUCAUUUCAAUACAACUGCCACAUCUGAUAUGCUUGUCAACAACAUUUGUGAGUCCUUCAAUGCAAUGAUAAAAGAUGCAAGGGACAGUCCACUCAUCAAUUGCUUGGAGAUUGUGAGAAAACAAAUAAUGAUAAGGCUGUUUGAAUGUAGAAAGCAGGCUGCUCAAUGGUCAGGGACAAUCUGUCCAGGGAUAGUAAAGAAGAUCUCAGUAUUUGAGGAGCAAGCUGGAGGUUAUUGGGGGUUUCAGUCUGAUGAAUUCUUGUUUGAAAUAAAAGGGUCAUAUGAUCAACACCAAGUUGACCUUAGAGCAAAAACGUGUUCUUGUAGGAAAUGGGAUCUCACAGGAUUACCAUGUAGGCAUGUUAUUCGUGCUAUUUGGUUGAAAAAAGGAAAUGGGCCUAUAUAUGAGUAUGUCGAUUCAUGUUACACAGUUGAUACGUAUGUGAAAACUUAUUCAGGAUCAAUUCACCCAAUGGCUGGGCCUUCUGAGUGGCCCCAAUCUGAUAUAGAACCUCCUUUACCCCCACUUGUCACAACUAAAGUUGGGAGACCAAAAAAAUUGAGAAUAAGAUCAGCUGGAGAAGCAAAUAAGGGGCAAUCAUCAACUAAGAGACAGGCAGCAGCUAAGGGGCAGUUAGCAACUAAGGCAUAUUCUAGGAAGCAUGUAUCCCUUCACUGCAAAAUCUGUAAACAAAAAGGCCAUAACAGUAGGAGGUGCCCUGAUAAAUCAGCUUAUGCAAAUACAGUCCAGAACCAAUUAGGUGCUCAAGUCACUCAUCCAGCAGCUGCACAUGUCACUCAUCCACCAAUUAGAGAACCAUUUACCGCACAGGUCACUCAUCCAGCAACUGCCACUUCUGUCCAAUUGGCCUGGCAGAACUACUUAGGUGCUGAUAUCCCUCAUCAAGAAGAGAUACCAAUUCAGACACAACCUGAAUAUGGUACUGAUAUAGACAUCCAGAUUGAGCAUGAUGACCCUGCCUAUGUUUUUGAACUUCCUGUUGAAUUAGUGCAUCUAUCAAGUAAUGAAAUUCCAGGUGGGAUGUAA